UCUUAGAGGCAAGGACUUCACCUGCCUUACCCUAGAGCCGCCCUUGAAUGCUGGCCUCUAAAGUUACUACCUUAUUGGCUAAGCCUCUGUCUGUUAAUCAAACAAAGCAAAUCCAUGCUGCAAUACUUGUUAACGGUCUGUUGAAUCUUGAGUCCUCACUAGUUCAGCACAUAAUUAACUCUACAAGCGAUUACUCUUGGAAUACCUCGCGGUAUAUUAAGCUAAUCCUCAACCAUGUGCAAAAUUUAGAUGUCUUCUCAGUUGCUUCCACCAUCCGCUUCUUUUCUCGGCAUUGUCAGUUCAGGGACGCCAUUGAUUUAUAUGGAAAGUUGCAGAGAUGUGGGGUUAGUCCCAACACUUUUGCUGUAUCAUCUGCUUUAAAGGCUUGUGCUAGGAUUUUGUACAGGUCUGGUGGGACAUCUAUUCAUGCACAAGUUUACAAGUAUGGCUUCUGUAAUGCUGUCUAUGUGCAGACAGCUCUAGUAGAUUUUUAUUCAAAAGUGGGUAAUAUGGACUUUGCCCAUAAUAUCUUUAGGGAGAUGGUCGGGAAAAAUAUAGUAUCAUGGAAUUCAAUACUAGGUGGAUAUGUAAAAUCUGGUGACUUAGCAAAGGCACAAAGGGUUUUUGAUGAAAUGCCAGAGAAAGAUGUCAUUUCUUGGAACAUAAUCAUUUCUGGGUAUGCGAGGGUGGGGAAUAUGGAGCAAGCAUAUGCAUUAUUUCGAGAGAUGCCAGAGAGAAGUCCUGCCUCAUGGAAUGCGAUGAUCAGCGGAUAUGUAGAUUGUAGGAAUGUAGAAUUAGCUCGCAGUUUUUUUGAGGCAAUGGACCAAAAGAAUAAUGUUUCAUAUAUCAUAUUGAUUUCUGGAUACUCAAAGCGUGGAGAUGUUGAAUCAGCUGAGGAACUCUGUGGACGAUUAAAGAAGAAAGACCAUCUCGUAUAUAAUGCCAUGAUAGCUUGUUAUGCUCAAAACAGCCAGGCAAAAGAAGCUCUGCAGCUGUUCAAUGAAAUGCUUCAGUUAGAUUUACAACCUGAUAAAAUGACCUUGGCAAGUGCACUUUCUGCUUGUUCUCAGCUGGGAGAUCUAAAGUUUGGUUCUUGGAUUGAGUCUUUCUUGAAUGAAACUGGAAUUCAAAUGGAUGACUACUUGGUUACCAGUUUGAUCGACCUGUAUGCAAAAUGUGGAAGUGUCGAUAAAGCUUACAAGCUUUUUCACGGCUUGAAAAAGAAGGAUUUGGUAGCAUAUACUGCAAUGAUACUGGGAUGUGGAAUAAAUGGUAGGGCUAAUGAUGCUAUCAAAUUGUUUGAUGAGAUGAUGAAUGCUGAAAUUAACCCAAACAUAGUCACAGUCACAGGGAUAUUGACUGCCUACAGUCACAUUGGUAUGGUAGAAGAAGCAUACCGUUGCUUUAUCUCCUUGCAAAAGUAUGGACUUUCUCCCACAGUUGAUCAUUACGCUAUAGUAGUUGACCUUUUAAGUAGGGCAGGGCGGUUAGAAGAAGCACAUGGGUUGAUCAAAAGCAUGCCAAUGCGGCCUCAUGCUGGUGUCUGGGGAGCAUUGCUUCUCGGUUGCAGUUUGCAUAACAACUUAGAGCUUGGGGAGACUGCAGCCAGGCAUUGUAUUGAGUUGGAACCUGAGAGUUCGGGCUAUCUUUCUCUUCUAGCAAAUAUCUAUGCUUCUUCGGGAAGGUGGGAUGAUGCUGAGAGGUUGAGAAAAGGGGUUGAAGAGAAGGGAUAUGGCAAGCUGCCUGGUUGCAGUUGGAUGGAAAUAAAAGCUUAGAAUGUCUUCUUUGCAAGGACAUGAUUCCAACUGUAGUACUUUGCUCAUACUGUUAACAGUUUUCAUCUUUUGCAGUUUCAAUUCAAGAUGAAUGCUUUUGCACCCAAGGGUGUGGCCUAGUGGUCAAUGAAGUGGGUGAGAGCCAUGAGGUCUCAGGUUCAAAUCCCAGUGGAGGCAAAUACUAGAUGAUUUCUUCCCAUCUAUCCAAGCCUUGAUGGAUAGAGUUACCUGAUACCUGAUGCUGGUGGGAGGUGUCAGGUAUCCCGUGGAAUUAGUCGAGGUGUGCGCAAGCUGGUCCGGACACCACGGUUAUCA